AUGCCACGUGCUGUACUGCUGGCCCGAAACUACAGUGCGCAAGAAUUCACGGAGGACGGCAAUGCUUUCUUCUUCGUUGCAGUUAUGUUUUUGAAGGACGCAUACAACUUCGUUUUCAGCCUUCACAGGAUAUCCAGAACUUGUAACCAGAGAAGAAACUUCACUGUUCUGAAUUUGAUCACUCGAGUCAUCGUCGCUCGCUGGAUACCCGUGGUCACUACCAAAGGCAACGAGACUCAACCGCGGCUGGCCCUGUCCCCUUUCAAUAUUGUUGUCUACAACACGCAGGCCCUUCUCCGGUGGAAACGGGUUUCCAUGUGGUCGGUGAAGCUGUGGAAUCCGCUGCGAGAUCUGAAGACGGAAAGUCAUCGUUUGUUUCGUUUCGAAUGCGUGUAA